GCGCGGGCGGCGUGGGGGCGUGCGGGCCCGGGAGCGGCGGGAAUGCGCGGGCCUCGGUGGGCAGCCCCGGCGCACAGCCGCGGCCGGGGCGUGCGGCGCGGGGCGGAAAAGCCUGUUUACACAGCCUGCACACCGCCUGGGGAAUAAUGCAGGAAAGGAAGUGAGCCGGCUCGGCCUGACUGCUCCAACUUCCUGCUCUCACACACACACGGGGGGGGGGGGGGGAGAAAAAAAAAAAGGAGCGAGAGAAAGAAAAAAAGGGGGGGGGGAAUCAGGAUCUCAUUACAACAGCAACAGAGCGUCUGCAGACGCCUGUCAGCAUGGAAAGUCGGGGGCUUUCGCCUGGGUCCUCCUAGACCUUGCCCCGAAGACGGCUCCUGAAGGCUCCCCCGCGUCUGGGCAUGGAGAGUGCAAUCACGCUGUGGCAGUUCCUGUUGCAGUUGCUGCUGGACCACAAACAUGAGCACUUGAUCUGCUGGACAUCGAACGAUGGUGAAUUCAAGCUCCUCAAAGCCGAAGAAGUGGCCAAGCUGUGGGGACUGCGGAAAAACAAGACAAACAUGAAUUACGAUAAGCUGAGCAGGGCCCUGCGCUACUACUAUGACAAGAACAUCAUCAAGAAGGUGAUUGGGCAGAAGUUUGUGUACAAGUUCGUCUCCUUCCCGGAGAUCCUGAAGAUGGAUCCGCACGCGGUGGAGCUCAGCCGGGAGGGCCUGCUGCUGCAGGACGGCGAGGGCAAGGGCCCCAGCGGCGAGGGCCGGGAGGCGCACAGGCACGGCCUGGCAGCACUCAAGAGCGCCAGCCGCAACGAGUACAUCCACUCGGGCCUGUACUCCUCCUUUACCAUCAACUCGCUGCAGCACGGCCCCGAGGCCUUCAAGGCCAUCAAGACCGAGAAGCCCGACGAGCCACCCGAAGAUGGUGCCUCCCUGGACGAGGUCCGGACUGUCAUCAGGUUUGUGACCAACAAGAGCGACAAACACAGCACCAGGCCCGUGGUAUCCCUGCCCUCCACGUCGGAGGCUGCGGCUGCCUCCGCCUUCCUGGCCUCGUCCGUCUCCGCCAAGAUCACCUCUCUCAUGCUGCCCAGCGCUGCCGCCAGCAUUUCCUCCUCGUCGCCCUCCUCCUCAUCCCGGUCCCCAUCCCUGUCUCCCACCUCACCCCUCCCCUCUGAACACAGAGGCCUCUUCCUCGAGGCAGCCUGCCAUGACUCGGAUUCCCUGGAGCCCUUGAACCUGUCGGCGGGCUCCAAGACCAAGUCUCCGUCUCUGCCCCCAAAGGCCAAAAAGCCCAAAGGCUUGGAAAUCUCCGCGCCCCCGCUGGUGCUGUCCGGCACCGACCUAGGCUCCAUUGCCCUCAACAGCCCAGCUCUCCCCUCGGGCUCCCUCACCCCAGCCUUCUUCACUGCACAGACACCAAAUGGACUGCUUCUGACCCCGAGCCCACUGCUGUCCAGCAUCCACUUCUGGAGCAGCCUCAGCCCCGUUGCUCCAUUGAGUCCUGCCCGGCUGCAAGGGCCAAACACGCUGUUCCAGUUCCCUACACUGCUCAACGGCCACAUGCCAGUGCCGCUCCCCAGCCUGGACAGAGCUGCUUCUCCAGUACUGCUUUCUUCCAGCUCCCAGAAAUCCUGAUGACAUCUGGCCACAAUUAAAGACUCAUUAACAGACAAACAAAUUUGUCCCGAGGGGCUAGUUUACCUGUGUCUUGAGAAGGACAUUGUGAAACCCCAUUAAUUUGGUUUGCACUUUUCACAACAUAGUUUAUGUUAGCAUUUUGAAAACUGGUUUUUUUAUAUAUUCAAGUAUAUAUGGAAAUCUUUUGCAUUAAGUGAAUUUUAAUGUCUCUUUUUAUACCCUCUUAGCUCUUUAUGUGGUGGACACUGUUGACAGUGAAGAACCUUUCCUAAUGGUUUUCAGUAGAACUAAUCAGGAUGUGAAGCUUAUUUCCUCUAAUUCUGCAUAUGCUGAACUGUGCUUGUAACACCCUAUAACCAGCUGUGCCUUCCUUUGCAUUUAGAUUAUGUAAAUGAUUUCUAUUUUUUAGUAUUAAGAAAAAAAUGUCUGAAAGACAAAAAUUAGUUUCAAACAGCUCUAGUAGAAUUUCAUUAUUUUCACAAGUAGGCAAUAUGAAAGCAUACUCAUAUCACUUUUUUUGCUUUCAAUUGUGUAAGAAUUGCCUUAGAAUCUUUUUGAACUGAAACUCAGUAAAUGUAAUAUCCAAUAAAACAAGCCAUAUUUAGACAGUAAGCAUUUAUGAAAGAAAAUGUUCCCAAGCGCAUUUUUAAAGAAAUGAACUUAGAUGCCUCUCAAACAAAAAUGUUGAGUUUCCUGAAGUUCCUGCUAUCAUCAGCCCCUAGAACAUUACCAAGUUUGUAUAAUCUUACUUUUAAAACUAGCCCUGCUUCUCCCAAUUUCCCAGACUCACACCCAGCUGACAUUUACCAUGUUCCAGCUCCAGACUCCGACUGAAUUCAAACAAUUUUUCUUACAUCAGGCAUCAUUACAAUUUUUCAUGGAUCCAAAAAUUCAUUUAACACACAAUUGGAAGUCCUGAGGCCUAUUAGUAUGGAGAGGUGUCAGAUACACUACUUAAUGAUUUAUUAAAUUUAUGCUGAGGAUGAAGGAAAUUAUAAAAUAUUACUCUGAAGGAAGCUUACUUUAUUUGGAACACUAUUUCUGUUGAGUGCUGUGGUUUAAGUGCAGCGAUGAGAGCCUUUUUGGCCUUCCUUCAGAAAAAUCGGGCAGCAUUUCAGAGGCACCACAGCAGUACCUAGGCAGGAAGGGUAACUGUAAUCCUUAACUCCAAGUAACAGAAACCAGUUUGAAAUGUGACCGAAUAAUCCAAUCCAGGUACUAAAUGACAGGGAUUAUUACAAAGAGGAAGGGAAGUUGGAAACCAAUUUUCACUUAAAUUCCCAAGAAAUUUAACAACUGUCACUUCAUAUGGAAAUGACCUAGGAUUUUCCAAAUGGAAAUAAGUAUCUUUGUUGGGAGUGUGAGCUCUUAUCAAGAGAAGGAAAAACACUCCCUAAUAUGCCCCUCUAACUAAAGUAAUAGGACUGCUUCCAAAACUCACAAGUAGAUGACAACACUGUCACCCCAUCCCAGGCUAAAGGGCUUGCAUUAACAAAGGGAGGUGGUUCAGGGUGCUGGUAGUUACAGAACAUGAAGAGUCAUGAGGGGUCUUGGAUAAUGCCUCUUACAGUUCCCAGGUCAGAACAGACCUAUGCAUAAACGCAGGGGUUGCCUGAGGCCACAAAGCUUUGAAGACAGAAUCAUGAUCAUGUUCAGUCUGACCCUCCGUCUGCAGUACCUUGCUAUAGAUGGUUACUGGCCCAAAACGUGUUAGGUUAAAGCAUUAGACUCUAAAAUGGGAGAAUCUCUAAACGAAAUUAAUGUGGAGAAAAAUACCCACAUCCAAAAUGUCUUUAGAACUUUAAAAUAUAAAACCUGAUUGGAAAUUUAGUCUAAAUUCUUUUUUUCUCGAUAUAUUGUGAUUAACAUGUACUCUACAACAUAAAGAUGGAAAAAAUGCCAUUCUUGGGCCAAUAUACUAUAGCUCAAAGAGACAGAGUAUUGAAAUAUAACUUACAGCUCUGCCUCAUUCUCCUUUUUAAGUAGGCAGAAAUUAGGCUUCAAAGAAUGCUAGAUACCCUCCUGUGUUUUAGUCUGCUUGAUCAAUGUCAAAACUGCUAUGGCUGGAUUGUUCUGCAACUAUGAGAAAUAACCUGAACACUGUUCUUUUUGUACACCUCUUUCUAUGACUUGAAAUCUUCAUUCACUUUCAUAUAUGUAUCAUUUUUAUUGUUAUACUAUUUUUGUUCAAUAAAUACUUUGUGAUAAAAGA